AGGGGGCCUCGGGGUGGCUAAGCCCCGUAAUAACAUGGCUAGACAACCCUUUAGCGUGACCUGCCAGGAUCUUUGGGGCUCAGCAUUGGUGGAGAGCUGAUGCAUUUCCUGGAGAUGGUUGCUAACAACUAAGUUGACAAAGGCAACGAGAGCGUGUGAUGUUGGCAGGAGAGACCAGGAGGUCGUACCAGAGCAUAGCAACAAACACUGGUCAUAUAUCUGACAUAAGAGUUCUCCAGUAGAGAACCAGGAAGAAAGCAAAGAUGCCGUUCUUCAAAUCCGCCUCAAGCCUCCGCUCAGAGAGCAGUGAUUUGGACUUGGAGGGCCUUGCUGAAAGCGAGUUGGCCAAGCUCCAGCGCCAGUUCCGCCUGUUGGAAAGUCAACGUCAUGCCUACACUUUGGAAUCCAGGGAGACCAUUCGUAGGCAGAUGCUGGAGGUGAAGCGCCUGGAGAAGGAGAACGAGGAACUGCUACAGAGGCAGACUGUGGCCGAGAGCCGCACCAACCGGCAACGGGGGAAAGAUCAAGCUGACAGUCUGCGUGCUAUGUUGGGACGCCGGGACGAUGUGGAGCAGCAGAUAAUCCAGGAGAAGAAGAGAAUAGCCCUACUUGAUCGAGAGAUCCAAAGUUGGGAGAAGCGUUUGGCUGUCCAGAAAAAGGAAGUGGGCGGUGGACACUUGAUCCAACAACAAAAGUCCCACCUGCAGAAAAGGGUACAGACCUUGGAGAACCAGCUAGACAGGGCCACCUCAAGAUUCAAUUCUCAGCUUGUUGUCAACUCACAGCUACGUGAGGACCUAGAAAUUCUCCAGUUUGGACAUGAUCGCUUCGAACAGCUUUAUAAGCAUCUAGAGAAGGAGCUGCUUGAAACACGACAAAACAUUGGGGCUAUGAUCAACUCAUCCACAACUGCCUACGAUGCAAGGGAUGAGGCACAGAACCGCCUGAGUCAACUGCGGGAUAAGACAGAGAAGGAUCUAAAACAGUAUGACUCUGAGGUGAAAGAAUUAAACUGCAUCCUGGAACACGACCGCCGAAUGAAUGAAUUCAUCACCAUCAAACUACAGGAGCGGAAGCUCACCAAGGAGGCACUGAUAGCCAAAGAAAAGAAAGAGCAAGAGUACAAACGGCGAGGGCCUGAGGAAGAGCUGCUUGAAUCUUACCAAGACGCCGUUGAGAAUUUGCUGCAGCUGACGGGCAUGAAUUCCCUGGAUGCUGUCCUGGAUAAAUUCGUUGCAGAGGAGGAACGGAACUUUGCCCAGUUCAACUACGUCAGUGAACAAAACAACCAACUGGAGCAGAUCCGAGAACAAAUUGCUGAGCUCACUCAUGAGAUAGAGACAGUCCAGACACAGGAGGCCCAGAAAGAGGCAGAGAAGUUGUCACGGUUACGGGAAGCCGAAGCACAGCAGGAGGAAGUUUUGAAUGAGAUAAAGCGGAUCGAACGUCUGUUGAAGUCCCGGACAAAGAUUUGGGAGAUGUUCAAAAGUGAAAUCGAGUCUCUGUUUAGCAAGCUGCAGUGUGAUCCCUCAGUGCUGGAGAAAAUGCUGGGAGGGUCAACAGCCGCCCAGGAUGAGAACAUCGCGAUCUACAUGGGCUUGAUUGAGCAAAAGAUCAAUGACUUAUUGGCUAUGUAUUCCUACGUGAUUGCUGAGCAACAAGACAAGCCAUUUGAUACUUUGGAGACGGUGCAGCUGAUCUUGGGACAGAAGCCUGAGCGUCCACCUCACCGGCUCAGCAUUCGGCCACCUACUUCUGGGUAUGAAGCAGGACCAAGCCAUGACUUGCUCAUUGAAGAAGACCAGAGACCCUUGACUUACGCAGAGCUCAAAGAAAAAGCCCUGAAGGAGGUCCUGAGCAGGCCAGAAACACCUUUCCACAGGAGAAGCAUGCAGCCUGACGUAGCCAGUGUCCGGGUUCGGGCGAGCGGAUACAAGAAAACACCACAUGCCUCUUGACUUGAGUAGGCAGUCUCAUCGCAAUCUGGACUGUGCCAUGCAAAGGACAGAAGUCGCAAAGCCAUAGACAGGGUUGCCUGGUGGUCUGGUUCCCUGCAUUGCUGCCAGCACCCUCUGCAGAUUUCCCCACAUUUGGGAUGAUCGGCGUACCAGGAUGUAGCCUUCUCCUUGCAGAGGCUUCUGGUCUGCUGUGGAUUCUGAAAGAUCUUCCUCCUUCUGGCGAAAUGUCCCUUCUAUUGACUGCUCGCUCAAUCGGGAUAGUCCUGCUGCAUAGACAGUACACAUCACACAGCCUGCAUGUUAACAAAGUACUUUGCUUCUGAGCUGCCUGUUCAUUUACGUCUCUCAAUUUGACUCCAGAUUCUCUUGUGAAGAGGAAACAUACCUUGAAACACAUGGUCUCUAUAUUUUCUGUCUCUAUAACUUCUGCCAGAAACUUCCUGUGGAGGAAGCUGUCCUAUGACUUUGCAGUGUAGCGAGCUCAUACUUCCAGUAACCCUCUGGGCAAAAACACCCAGUUCCCUGAUGCUUAUGGGGGGAUAUCAUUGGGCUAGGAGCAGGUACCUGAAGCUCAUGAUGUUCUCUCCCCUCCCCAUCUAGUGUCCAAAAACUGGCACCUUCCUGUACUGUGUUUGUUUGUUUUUGUCUGCAGCAUCAAAAUAAAGUCUCCCCUACUCUUAGACCGAGUAGUUGAGGCACAAGACAAGGGUACGUCGCAACUCCUUGGAUGCGCUUGAGGAAAUCAACCGGGUUUAAAGCACUUGACUACGAACUUAACUUGUGUUUCAACACACACAUGUAGUCUAGUAUGUGCCUCAGAAAUUGUGGGUUUUAACUGUGUGUGUUGUGUGCUGUGUUAAGCCUGCACAGAAUACCAGCUGCAUUGCGUGUGCAAUAUAUACACGAGUUGUGCAGAUUACAUAUGGAUAAAGUGCAUGAAAACUGUACUUUAUAGUGCGUGUGUGAGGGGUCGUUUCCCAUGUGUGUGUUAAAAUAUAGUUCUCUUAGCCCAGAUUUUUAGCACAAAUGUUUUUAAUACUCAACUAUUUUAACAAGGAUGAUGACCUCAUAAUCUGCCACACACCCCAGCCCUUCCUUUAUAGUGCCCCCACCCUUUUGUAAUACCACAAAGAAGAAUCUUGGGGCAUACAUUCCGCUACUCCCAAAGACGAUCAUCAUGGAAAAAAUCUCGACAGUUUCCCUGAAGGGAAAUGGCAGGAUCGGGCCAUGGAACAUGGGGGUGGGGCUUAUGUGUGUCUGUGUUGAAGGGCGUGCAAGUAGGCCCUAGUGCCGGAGGGGGCACUCGUACACAGUCCCUGCAACAGGUGGGAACAAAAUUGUAUCGGGUUUUUGGAUUAUCAGUGCAAAUUGAAA